AUGGAAAGAAAAAGGGGGGGUAAAAUUAUGUUCAUAAAUAAUAAUAAUAACAAUAAAACCAACAAUAAUAUGUCUGCAUAUUCUAGUUAUAGUAACCUAUCUAAUUUAGAUGAGGCCAUUGAAGAUAAUAUCACAAGUAGUAAUAGUAGCAUAUAUGUAAAUCGCUCACCGAUGUAUUCCCCGUUAGAUUAUACUCACCCUAUAAAUAAUAUCACAGCUGGUAAUAUUUCAAAUAAUAAUAAUAGUAAUAGCAAUAAUUUAAAUGGAUUUUCACAACAGAUAGGCAAUAAAAACGUUAAUUAUACUAAAAAUGAUCCAAAUCUAUUUUCCUCAUCUAAUGUUAAUUAUAACAAUAGUAUCACCAAUAACAAUAAUAACGGAUCCCUUUGUAAUUACAAAUUCCAUUACCCACUAUUUGGUUUAGAUUGGAGUACUGAUGAUUUUGUCUGUGUGAGUUCAUACAAAGAAGAUAGUAAGAAUAAAUUGGAGAUCAUUAAAUCAAAUGACUUGUUUUCAUGGAAAUCAGUGGUACAAGCUGACGUCAUUUAUCCUAUUAGCAAUAUUCAAUGGUUACCUAGUCAUAUGCAUUCAAGACAACUGGCUACAGGUUCUGAUUCAUUAAGAAUUUGGUCCUUAAAUGAUGAUAUUGGCGUUUUACAAGAACAGAUUAAUCUAUCUUUAUAUAAAUAUAAAAAGCAACAUAAUUAUAGUAUUGGUAAUAAACAAAAUUUUAGCACUGUCACAGCAAACACUUCUAAUAAUUCCUCAUCCACUUCCCCUUUUAAAUCUUCUUUUCCAUCUAGAGUUAGCAGUGACGAUAGAUUAUUAGGUGAACUUCCACCUGUUAGUUCGUUUCAUUGGAAUCCUAUUGAUACAAAUAUGCUGGUAUCAAGUUCUAUUGAUACUACAUGCAUUGUUUGGGAUUUACAAAGUACAAAUUAUGUAAAGACACAAUUGAUCGCACAUGAUAGUGAAGUUUAUGAUGUUAGAUUUUUGACUAAAUCAAUUCAUCUUUUUGCUAGUUGUGGUGGUGACGGCUCUGUUAGAGUCUUUGAUUUAAGAUCUUUGGCCCACAGUACUAUUAUUUAUGAACCUUCACUCUCUUCAUUAUCAAAUCUAGAAGAUAUCUCAGAUAUGACCCAACAGAAAAAUGCAUUAUUAAGACUGGAACCAUCUUCCUUUGAUCCUAAUAUUUUGGCCACUUUUGUGGGUGAUACUAACAGGAUUUUAAUUUUGGAUAUGAGAAACCCAGAAUCUCCUGUAUUGAUUUUGGAAGGACAUUUAUCUGCAGUGAAUCAGAUUAAAUGGCACCCAACAAAGAGGAAUGUUUUAUUAUCAUGUGGUGACGAUUGCCAAGUUUUAUAUUGGGAUUUAAAUCUAUAUUUAGGUUCGCCAAAUACCAUACAUAAGCCUAUUCCUGAAUCAAGUAUUAUAAGUAAUGGAGAUAAAAAUAUGAAAGUUCCAGGUAAUGAAGUUUUAGAUACACCGAAUCUAUUUUAUUCUGAUGAUUCUCAAGAGAUCAAUAAUAUUGUUUGGAAACCUCACAGAGGUGAUUGGUUUGGCUACGUAAGUGGAAAAAAAUUCCAAAAUGUCAAAAUAUAA